AUGUAUAGACGCGAUGAAGAUGGUAAUCAAGAAAGCAGCGGGCAAGUCCCAGUACCUUUAACGACAUGCGAUCUCAGCACAGCUUCCACUCCUACGACAGUUUCAUCUGCAGUAUCACUUCAGUUUCUUUCAACACCCAGUGCAGUAAUGGAUGAGCCAAAGGAAAGCGGUCACUGUCAUGUUUGCAAUAAAAUACAACCAUAUUCUGCUUUCGUUAUGCUGCCAUGUAAACACGGGUUCUGCGGUCAAUGUAUUUCAUUUAUCAGUCAAACUCAUCUCUGCCCACUAUGCUUGAGUAAUGCCGUUGGUGGACUUCCAUCUUCGUUGAGUAGCAUCACUGCCAGUCCAAGUCCGCUUUUUCCAGAAACUCCAUCACAUUCCGGAGAUGUCAAAAAUCUUCCGCUCGAUUCUUCUUUUUCAAUAUGGGAUCCUCUUUCACCGAAAUCGAUUAUCAAGCACGAAUUACAACGCUCAGCUGCGCAAACAUCUGUUCAUCAACGGACUAAAUUGUUCAAUCCUUCACAACAGUUGUCAGAUACUUCGGCAGUACAUUCGCUGCUUGAUCCAUCUUUACUGACUUUCCAAAGUGGUGCUGCAGCUGCUGCAGGAUUAUUUUCAGUACCUCCCCAAUCACUUACUGCUACCUCAACAAUAAACUGGCAUACCGUUCCAAGUGCUGAAAUUCAGCAGACAUUCAACGAUAAUGCAAUAGCAGCUGUACGUUGCAUGCAGUGUGAUGAAACAUUAUGUAGUGAGUGCGUUGUUGCACAUUAUCGCAUGCGAGUUACUCGUGAACACAAAGUAGUGCGUAUUGAGGCUUUUAAGGGCUUACCGCUACCUCAACUCAAUACGGCAACAGAACAAGUUAAAUUCGACAAUUUACUUGAAACAGAAACAUGCAGCACUCAUGAUUCACCUGUAAUUUGUACUUGUGUGACAUGUGGAAGUGUACCACUUUGUAACGUAUGCAUUGGAGAUCAUUCAAAACACCAGCUUGUGCCCUAUAGUGAAUUGAGAACAUCGCUGAUGACAUUGAUUGCUAGUUCAAAGCAUGAUCAAAAGAAUCUAGAAGAUGCAUUGGAAACUAUACGUCGAAUGUUAGAAAGGGUUGAUGCUUCUGUACAGUCAGCAAUCCGUGAACUACGAUCAGCGAUACAUUUGCACAUCAGUGCGCUGGAAGAACGGAAGCGCGAUUUAUUGCAACGUGUUGAUACCAUUCGCCAGACUAAGAUUAGCACACUGAAAGCCCAAGGAGAAAGACUCGGACAACGUCAUACAAUUUUAACUGAAGCUCUAAAAGCAGCAGAAAUUGUAACAGCAGUCGGUGAAGGGAUGGAAAUCCAACAGCGCAAUUCAUUUGAUGCAUUGCUUAAUAUUUUGCGGGAACCAUGUUUAUAUUUGGUACCAAAUGAAACUGAUUUGAUCAAAUUUAUUCCACCCGACAGUACUUUUAUUUCAAAAUUGCGUUCUUUGGGGGAGCUGGAAAGCGGUGCUUGUGCACAAACAACACACAUUAUUGGUGAAGGAUAUAAGCGUGCCAUUCGUGAUCGGUUAUGCACCAUUUUGGUACAAACUCGUGAUGCAUGCGGCGAUGCUUGUACAUCAACAAACCACCAGAUGUCUGCUUCGUUGCUUAGUCCCGAGGGUCGUAUCGUGGAUAUACGCAUUGAAGAACAAGAUGGAGGUAUUUACUCAUUAGCAUACUUUCCAACCGAUGAAGGCAAUCAUUUUCUAGAUAUCAAAAUUCGAGGUGUUUCUAUUUGUGGGUGCCCUACUGUAAUUUAUGCACGAAAAGGUCGAAAUUAUGGAACAAUUGCUCGAACAGGGCCACUAUUCUCAUUUGGCUCGGAGGGUAGCGCUGAUGGACAGUUUUGUCGACCGUGGGGAAUUUGUUGCGACAAUAAAGGGCGCAUUCUAGUAGCGGACAGAAGCAACAACCGUAUACAGAUUUUUGAUAAAGAAGGUAACUUUCUACAUAAAUUCGGUUCUCCAGGAACUCGUCCAGGACAGUUCGAUCGGCCGGCAGGCAUUGCAAAUGAAAUAGUUGUAGCUGACAAAGAUAAUCAUCGCGUGCAAGUAUUCAGUGAACGUGGAGAUUUUCUGCUAAAAUUUGGUGAACGUGGUCGAACUCCUGGUCUUUUCAAUUAUCCAUGGGGGGUCGCAGUAAAUUCAUUUAAUCAGAUUGCGGUUUCGGAUACUAGAAAUCAUCGUGUGCAAAUGUUUUCACCGCAAGGGCAUUUUAUUCGUAAAUUUGGCUUUGACAGUUCACUCUAUAACUACAAGAACUUUGAUUCACCUCGUGGCGUUUGCUAUUUGCAUGAUGGCCAACUGGUUAUUACUGACUUCAAUAAUCAUCGUCUAGUAAUGAUGUCAUCGCGUGGUACAGUUGAUAUGAAAAUGUAUGGCGGCGAAGGUGACAGUGAAGGUUCAUUUUGUCGCCCCCAGGGCAUAACCACAGAUAACGAAGGACAUAUUCUCGUUUGCGAUUCGCGUAAUAAUCGAAUUCAGGUGUUAAACCUGGAUGGAAUGCAAUGCGUUGCAUCAUUUGGUGGUGCAGGACUGGGACCUACACUGGCAAGUGGAGUGGGUAACGCGAGUGGCGGAGAAAGUACUAUAACACCAUUAGCCAGUAUGCCAGCAACACACACUACUGUAAAAACAUCAUCUGCUCAGCUGCCCACAUCUACAAAUGUGCCGAAACAUUUAGUACUUGAUCGUCCUACUGACUUAUGUGUUUCACCAGAUGGCUUAAUUUAUGUUGUAGACUUCGGUAGUAGCUGUAUUCGUGUCUAUUAG